UGCUUUCUUAGACUUUGAAGACCUGUAUCAUAGAAAGACCUAUCUGGUUUUCAUCUGUUCUAUUGGCCUACAUAAAAUAUUUGUAUGUUAGUAACAGAUUUUAAAAAUGUCAUUUUAUGAUCUUGUCAAGGACUCAGUCUUAAGGUAAGUUAACUCAAUUAAGUUUUAUUUAAAUUUAAUAUUUUAUUUUAAUUUUUAAGGAAGGCUAAGUUACUAACUAAGUAAAGUAUAAGUAAGGUCCAGUAAUUAUCAGUAAGGUCCACUUAGACUUUGACUUAGGAUUAUGAUUGAUUAAGGCCAGUCUAAAGCACUAAAGUUAAAGGAGAGUGGAAGGCUGUGGCCAUGGCCUACCAAGCAGGGCUGGCGCUAGAAGGGGUUCUGUGCCUUGGGUAAAUUGAAUUUUGCGGGCCGUUGACGUUAUAUUACUUAUAUAUUCCGCUGAUAGUACUGAUAGGAUAGUAAGUUAAGUAAGACACGUUGUAGUCGUACUGGGGCCUUGCUGGGCAUAUUGGGACGCGUCAUAACAGAUAUUUACUCGCUUAGUUUCCGAAAUUUCUAUUUUUUCCCUAUAAUUACUCAUCGCAGCACCAUUGUUUUACAAAUAACGAAAACAUGAAGCUGAAUGGGCCAUUGUCAUUGUAAUCUGGAACUGGAACUAUUAGUAGGCUUAGGUAUAUUAUAAAUAUACUACAGCAACGCGUGGGCGGUCGCCCACUUCGCCAUCCCCUAGCGCCGCCCUGUACCAAGACUUCCAAGAUGACAACUUGAGAGUUCCAAGAUGACAACUUGACAGGGUAAGAUACCACUGGUCUUGGGCGUUGGCUAUGAAAAAAUAAUGUUCUGGUUUAAAGUGCUAUUUAAAAAUUUAAAUAGUUAUUUUAUUGAUGUCCACAGUGUAGAGAGGGACACUGGGUUUGUCGGUGGCAUAUAAUUAAAUAUAAAGAAAGAGUGGGCACUGUUUGAGUUUUAUCUUUGAAGUGCCAGACUCCCAGACCAAAGACAUGAGAUCACUUUAUACUGUGUAGUAGUGUAUAGUAUAGAAAUAUAUGUAAUCUACCACUUCAGCGUCAGUUUUGAAAAAAUCGCGUUGUUUCAGUUUGAAGUGCUAUUUAAAUGGUUAUUCUUCUAUUGAUAUCCAUUAAUAGUACAGUGGAAAGGGUUACUGGGUUUUCCAUAGCUUUGAAAGAGAGAGUGGGCGCUGACAUGCGAUCAAAAUUACAGGAGUGCAUAGAGCGCUAUAUCAUAUAUCCUUCCAUGUUGAUUUUGUUGAUUCCAUCUGAUACAAUAAGUUCUAUCACAUGGAAUCAACAAAAUGUUCUUUGUUGUUCAUCAAUAAAUCAAUAAACGUCUAGUGGUAGAGAUAAUCUGCAAAGUCACUCCAAAUGACACUGGUGUCCACGCAAAGACCGUUGAAAAUAUGUGGAUGUAUGCAAAGCAAAAACUGGAAAGAAAAUUUGGCAAAAAGGUGCAAUCUUUUCCCUUCAUAUUUUCAUGAGUUCAUGUCUCACAAUCAUUUUUGUGGAGGUGAUUUAAAUUCAAACUGUUUAAUACAUUAAAUUGUUUCAAUUUUUCUAUUUUAAAAAUGUUGUUUUUUACUUUUAUAUUUGUGCUGAAAUGAAUAUGUACAAUGAAAAUGUAAAAAAAAAUUUCCAUGUAUUUGGAUAAAUAAAAGAAUAAAACUACCUCUUCAAAGGGAACUUCAAACCGGAAAACAUGAUUUUUCACAGCCAAUGCUCAAGUGGUAGAUUAUCGAAAGAUAUAUUGUUCCAGGCUCACUAAUUGUAUCGGAAAUCAGAAUGAUGGGCAGCUUAUGCCAACAUAAACCAGAUCAAACAUGGAAUAUACUAAUACUCUGUUUAUGGUCCAUUAACAAAAUUUUUUUGAUCCAAAUGAUGCUGCCCUCCACACACAGAAUGUUGAAAACAUGUGAAUGCGUGGAAAGCGCAAAAUGAAAAGACAGUUGAUCUUUUCCCUUCUUAUUUGCAUAAGUUUACAUUCCGCAAUUGUUUUCAUGGAGAUAUUUUUAAAAUUUUCAUUGUUACUUUGGGGGAGAACUAUGCGUAAUCUCAAACUCUGUUGUCUUUUCAUACAUUAAUUGUUUAACAGGAUUUUUUCAUAACCAGCACUGAAGUGGUAGAUUACCAUUACAAUUUAAAUGACACAUUCAUUACAAUGAAACAAUGUCAGUAGUCUAGCUUGUAUGUUAUGGCCUACAUAUUUUCAGUAUCAUACUAUUCAUACUUACACAUUAGAAUCUCUCUCUUCAUUAAAAUCAUUACAUUAGUUCAUUAGUCUACAUUAUAAUUGACACUACAUGUUAAUUAAUAAUGAUAGAUGAACAUCAGACUACAAGUACAACAUUCCAGUGUCUGCAGUCUACAGCUUUGAUUUUAAAUUUCAUAAUUUGAUUUUAACUUUAACAACUUAAUAUAUGAUUAUUAUCCCUACUAACAAUAAUAAUAACACUUACUACUUAGCCUACCCUACACUAAUAACUAAGCCUAAUUAUAUACUCAUAAUUCAUACUUUAGUUAGAACAGUAAGUAUUGUUCAACCAUUUAUAGUGCUCCAACAAUAAUCCAAAGUUGCCUCAAACUUUGAAUCAAAAUGGUAGAUCAAAACUAAACUAACAUCAUUUAUUAUUUGAAUUUAAAAUUUGGUUAACUAAGUAUUUUUCCAGAUUACUCUACUGCUACUAAUCUACAAGUGAAAUGUCUUAUUCUAUCAUAGUCCAUAACUUUGACUACUAAUAUGCUUCCAGUCAUAACUAUUACUCUUACAGUCUGUCUCAGAAUAGGUACGGUCUUAAGUGAAAAAAAAAAUAUCAUAAUGGUACAAAUAUAUUAAUAUACAUUACUUUUUCAGAAGUAGCAUGAAAGACAUAGAUUUAAUAUUUUGACUAAAUCUUUACAUGGACAGAUGCCUUAUAUUGACAUAGGAUUUUCCAAAAUUUCAUAGAUAUCUUCCAAUGUGAAAGGGCAGUCAGAACUUAAAUAUGGGUCAAAAGGGCUCCUGUUUUUAUAAAAAUUAGCCUCACAUAAAAAAAUCAUAAUCUCUAGUUCUUUUUGCACUGAUGCCCAUUUCAAAUCAAAUUAAGCAGUAGUCUCCCUUGUUUUACUGAAAUACCAACUCAGAGGCAAAACACAAUAUAAGCAUCAUUUAUUUAUACACUUGCAGUGCCCAAGAACUCUUCAAAUAUAGAUUGAAACGAGAAACUUCCUUGCCAUCAAGGGGUGGACAGAAAGAUUUUCAACCUGAUGGAUCAUGGAUACAAACAAAAGCUCUGGAAGCUUUUAUGCAAGAGCGAACAUCAAUAUUGUCUGAACAACGUGUAGAAAAAUUGUAAUUAUAAUACAUAGGCGUACUAGUAUUUCAUUAUUUGUCUUAAGUGAAGAAACUGGAGAAUAGUUGAGUUUAAAUCAUUAGGUUUCUAAAUGUUAAUUGCAAGUAGAGUAUUGUCCAGUAAUGUAUGGUUGUUGUCAUUAUUUGAAACAAUUUUGUUUGCAGAAAAAAUUUAAUUGAAGGAAAGUGGGACAUAAACAAAAGACUGGUCAAUGUGAAAAAAACAGUGAGUUCAGAUCAAACAAUUAAUUAAAUUUAGUUGUAUUUUUUAAUGCUAAUUUUUCACAAAUUUAAAACAAUUAAAGUCAUUGUGAAAUGGAAGUUCUGAAACUCUUAAAUGAAUUUAAUAAUUUCCAUUUUUAGAUUUACAGACACAAAUAAAAACUUAAACUUGUUUACAGAGUAUUAGCAAUUCUGAAAGUAAUCCAUUUGUUUCAGCACGAAAAUAAAAUAGUUUUCUGUUCUACACAAAUUAGUAAAGUUUCUAAAAUAGUUUUCUGUACUACACAAAUUAGUAAAGUUUCUGAUGCGCUAGCAAAAUCUGCAUAUUAACGUCUUACAAUAUGGCAGCUUUUAUUUGAAAGCUUCUUUAAAUUAAUGCUCAUUUUAAAUUACUAAUUAUUUUGCAGGGAAAGUUUUGGACACACAUGGGUUUCACAGACAAUCUUCGUAAUUGGUUGUAUCCAGAGGAAGCAUUAUUUCUAAUGGAAGCCGUAAGUAACUCUCAGUGUUUUCUUUCAAAGGCAUUGGACUCCAUUUGGAUGAGUAUUAAUGAAGGAGUUAGUAACUCAUCAACAUUGGAAUCUUUCUAUUUAUGUCUUGGAGAUGUAAAGGGCAAAAAAAAAUAUAUUAAUAGAUUUAGUUUGAUGCAUCAAACCAAAGGGAUGCAACUCCAACAAAAUUUAAUUUAUCUUUUUUGUUUACAAUUUGUACUAAAAUACUUAUUAUAUUUUUUAUAUCAUAAUGUUUUGUAUAAAGAUAAUUAGACCUUAAAAUACAAUGUGCAGUAUUAAUCCAUAGGAAAAUGUAGACAAAAAUUACCAUGUUGUUCUGAAUACAGGCUGCACUUUUUUCCCCUUAAUGUAAAUCUUUAAACUAUGGGUGUGGCCUACAAUCAGGAUGUUGCUAAAAUUAAAAUUUUAAAAGAAACUGGUAUAUUUGAGCACAACUUUACACUUGCAUCUUAUAAUCAUGAGUAGUCUAUAAUCAGAGCAAUAUCGUAUUUAAUUUUUUAUUAUCUUGACAUAGAGUGCAGGUAUUCUUUAUUAUUUAAAAUGAAAAGCUUAAAACUGAACUGUAAAAAUAUUUGAUAAAAUAUUUGAUAUAAUAAAUAUAAUGAUAAAAAUAUCAUACAAAAUAUUUGUGUAAGUUUAAUAGUUGCAAUAUAAUAACAAACAGGAACAUAUAUUUUUUCCCAGAAUGUCCUUGAGGUAUAUUACAGAGAUUUACCAUUAAGCAUACAAGAAGCCUACUUUGAAUUUCUUGGUCCUGAUGUCAGCCUUGAAGAAUAUCAAGUAUUCUCACACCUUCGGAGGUUGGGGUUUGUUGUACUGAGGCAUGAAUCACAGUAAGCUGCUUAAUUAAUAGGAAAUCAUAACUUUUAUUUAUUUUGAACGUGUUUACUUUUACGAUUUUGGUGCACAAUUUUAAAUUUUGAGAUGUAUUGUAUGCCGGAAACUGUCAGAACUACGAUUUUAAGAAAAUAUUUAUUUACAUUCAGAUUAUUUUUUCAAUUAAAAAAAUUUUCUGAUUAAAAAAUAAAAAGUACAUUUUCGGUUGUCAAUUUUAGCUCCUUUCUACAUCCAACAGAUGAAUGGAUGAAGAAAUAAAAUUAUUUGGGGACAAUGUAUAAUUAUAUGACAUAUGCUAUGAGAGAGGAAGAUGGUGGUAUUGACCUCUUGUAUAGGUUUGCUGAGGGGGGGGGGGGUUAAUAAUUACACAAUAACACUGCCUUGUUUUUGUAACUGUAAUAGUGUUGCUUUGUGUUUUCAUAAUGAAAUCACUAGACACUGCAAUAUUUAAUAAUUUUUAGCGUAUUAACCAAAUCACAAUUAUUGUCUAAUUGCUUUUUUUUGCUUUGGUACUGUAUAACAUAAUUUUGGGAUAUAAUUAUUUCGUUCGGCUGAACUGCAGAGAGUGAAAAAGCGCAGAUAAACAGUUUUUUUUUUUUUAAACAUUAGAUUUCAUUAUAUUUUAGAGCAGUGCUUCUCAAACUGGGGUCUGCAGUCCCCUAGAAGACAGCAAAGCAUUUUCAGGCGGACCAUGAAGGGGUCACUUAUAUACAGAUUCUGUGCUAUUGGCAAUUGUUGCCGCUGGUUCUAUGUCCCGUGGAGGAAUUCAAUUUACUUCCCAUGGGACUUGAUAUAUUCACUAAAUUUUGAGAACAGCUAGUAGAAUGUAGUGGCAUAGGCACGUAAUGCCAUUCUAGUAAGUGAAGUGAUAACAGAAGUGAACUUCAUUAAAGCGAAUGCACUCAACUCUAGUUUGUUUUUUGAGUUAUAAAAAGAAAGUGGUUCCGGUGUCUUUCCAAAAAGAAAAAUUUGAAGAGACUAUUUAUACUACAUGAAGAAAUGCAGCAGUUUUAGCAUGAUGCUAAACCAGACAUGAAACCUAAAUUGUCAGUUUUCCUAUUUACCUGUUAAAUAAAGGGUUGACAAAGUUGAAUACCAUCAACAUGUGGCUGCUAAGACAAGAGAUCUCAGUGCUUCAUUUUCAUGAAACAUUGACAGCGUUCAAAAUGACACUCAAAUUAUGGCAUGCAAAGUUAGAAAAAAAAUAUUUUGCCCAUUUCCACAGCUAAACACACGUAUUGAUGAAAAUGAGCUUUACAUGAUGGGAUGUGUAAUAGUGUAAUAAAAUAUCAUCUCUAAGCCUGAGGUCUGUGUAACAACUAACCUUUAGUCACCAAUUAUACAUUCUUUUAAUACCCCACAUCACAUGUCCACUCACUCCAGUUCUCCAACCAAUACACACAUUUAAUUUUAAACAUUCAUGAAAACAACGUCCAGUCAUACAACAUGAUAAGAGCACAGGACAAUCUGGUCACAAAGUUCACUCAAUACACUCUACAACAAUAAUCGCCUGUCAAUCAUCCUGUUAAGGAUGGAACAUGUAUCAAUUCUUAGCAAUGACAUUUCUUAUUAUUUUCAAGAUCCAUAAGAAUUUGAAAAAUACUACUGAUUUAUCAACAACUGUUUGUACUCUCCAUUUGUGAUCUGCCUUUGUUUAUUGAUUAGAUAAGUGAUAGGGGGUGCAAAAUAUGUUUUACAUGAAAUGUGUUGUAGUAAUUUUUGGAUUGAAAUAGGGCAGUCCUGUCCCAAUUUUGCAGGAUGGUUCUAAGAUUGCUGAUUCCAUUUUGCAACCACCUUCUAUGAGUGUAAGGCGGCUUUUUCCAAACUACUUGAGAUCAAAACAAAAUCCCGAAACAGAUUAGACGCAAAAAAUAACAAAAGCGUUGCACUGUCCAAAACAAAGCCAAACCAAGAAGAAUGGUUAAGACAAAGAAGAUGCAUCAAUCCCAUUAAAUGUACAUUUGCUGGCAAAGUUUUGCCAUUUUAUAAACGAUUUAUUUGUCAAAAAUUUUUUGUAACAGUAGCCUAUAUGAUUAUUGUAGUUAAUUAUAAAGGGUCCACGAGCACAUAAAUAAAUUUUAAAGAGACCAUCACACAAGAAAUCCUUUAAAAAAUUUGAGAACCUCUGUCUUAGAGGAUCUGAGAGGGCCUUUCAUAUCUAUUUUUAGAAAACACCAAACAGCUGUACAGUUACUAAUAACACACCAGCCCCCCCCCCCCCCCCCCCCCCCCGUUUGGUUCCAACAUUCCUCUUCCUAACAUACUAUAAUGUGUUAACAUGAAAUAAGCUUGUUGUAUUUUUGUUUUUAUUUUUAAAACAGCUUUUUCCUAAAAAAAAUAAAUCUCAAGUUACUUGGUAGGUUUUGUAAAUGACGUCCUCAUUAGUUAAUUAAAUCUUAUAUCAAUGAAUUUUAUUUUAUGCUGAAUUGACUUUGAGUUUGAACCUUGUCAAAUUUCACCUGAAACUUUAUUUUUACCAGUCACAGAUGCUGUUAAUGUGAUCUGCAUGUUCACCCAAAUAUUAAUUGAUAUCUAUAGAAGAUACACUUCUGCUAAACAAAGUAUCGAUUGGGAUACACUUAAUCAAUCUACUUUUAAAAGUUACCUAUUUUGAUGUAAGCUCAAUCCUACUAGACACAUGAUAGGAAUAGUUAUUGUAUAUUUUUAUAUUUUAUUUUUAUACUAUUAAGAUACUGUAUUGUACAAUUUUUGAGAUGAUAGUGUACAAUUAAGGAGUUAGAGGGUAAGCACGUCUAUUAUUUAAAGUUGUACAAUAAAUUGAAGGUGUACCCAUAUAUGAUAGGGUAUAUUUGAAAUAGCAAGUAUACCUUAAAUUUUUCUAUUGGGCAAAUAUAUUACAUGGUAUUUUAGUAUUGACUUAUUUAUUCAUCUUUUUAUUUGAUAAAACAUUACACUAGACUUCAAUGAAAUCUUACACAUUCUAUUCACAGUCCUGUAAUAACUCCUUAUGAGAGACAGAUCAAUCUUGAUAAAUAUAUCAAAAAGAGCCAGCGCAAAGAGAGGAAGGGAAAAGCUCUUCAAAAGGGGAGAAAAAUUAUUCAGCUAAAUGGUAAUAGUCAGGGAAACAGCAAGGAACCAGCUAUUUCAUCUGAAAUAAUUAAUGACGCAAUCUUUGCUCAAGACAAUUUAAUACCUGCAGCUUCUGAAUCAAAUGGAAAUGUGUCCAAUUCUUUGAAGAAAAUGGACACAGAAUAUAAUGAGAGCAAUGGAGUAGAGGAGUCAGUAUCCUUUCAACAUCCAGCAGAUUCUGUAGAGCGGGUAAAUGUUCAACCAGAAAAUGUUUCUGUAAACACAUUUCAAAAAGCAGAAAAACGUUGCACCUCUACAGUGGACAAUAAAACUGAAAUAAGCCCUGCAAAAAUUCCAAGAAUCGACAAUGAAAGCAUUUCCCUGGAAGGAAAUCCUGAAAAUGCAGUUGUAUCCACUUGCGGGGGUGAAUUUUCCAAAGGAUCUUCUGAAAAUUGUAAUUCUUUUCAGAGUUCAACAAAUUCUCGUUUCUACCACGACCUAUGGGCUGAUUGUCUACAGGUGGCAGCUAAAAUACACUCUUCUAGUCAUUCAGAGCUAGAGGAUACGCAUGCACUAGAGGUGACAGCAGAAAAUACACAGCAAAAACAACUGACAAGCAAUUUAGAAACUCACAGAGACAAUAAAGCUUCUGAUUCCAGCAACAAGGUGGUUGAGCCGACUGUUCCAUUGCCCAAUAUUGCCAAUAGAAAUGCUGUAUGGUUAGUGGCCCCUGACAGCAGACUGCUGCCUUCUAGUGUUGAGUUAAAUGAAGAAGAAGAGGAAUCUCUCAUGUUUGAUGUUGAGCAAUAUAGACUCAAGGUAGGCAUUCUUUAUUCAACAUUCACAAAAUGGUUAUCUUUAAAGGCAUUAUUGCAAAGUUUUUAAAUUAAACAUGACCAUUUUUAGUUGUUCAAUAUUAUUAAAAGCAAAAGUUUAUAGGAUCAUUCACUUAUUAAAGUAAUUUUUUAAUGUAAAUAAAAAAAUAUAAUUUUGAAAUACAAUUUUGUUUAACAUUGGCUGGUGACCCUUUAACAAAAUUAAUUACUGUGAUGAAAAAUUGUGUUAAUUUUUAUAUUUAUUCAAUCUCUGUUUGACUGACAAUAUCCAAUAUUCAUUUUAGUAUUAUUCAAACGCUUACACAGACAGUUGUAGCAUUAUGCGGAAGUCAUCUUCUUCCAAUACUUCUGAAGAACCAACUAUAGGCUUAAAACUUGUUUCUUCAUUAUCUGAAGCAUGUGUUUGGUUACUCUAAGUCUAAUAUUGAUCAGAAUCAAUCGUUUUUAUGUUCAGCCCAAUAUCCCCAGAGAAAAUCUCAUAAAGCAUUUUAAGUGAACAUGUAAUCCAAAACACAUUUCUCUUAAGUAACUAUUAACAUUUUCUCCUUUGAAAGGCGAAAUUUAUAAUAACUCUUGUGAGGCCCAACCCGUUUCAGUUAUUAUUCCUGAAACCCGGGAUCCUGCCAUUGUUAGCUUGCAAUGAAGGGUUGGUUCACAGGCAUUCUGACUAGGUGUCCAAACCAAUUAAUUUUCUUUUUGAGCUUUGAGCCGUGUACCGGCUGAUAGGGAUGGCACCAACCAUUUGUCUUAUUUCCUGGUCCUGAAUGUGGUCCCUUCUUGUUAGGCCAGCAGCUCGCCUUUAAACAUAUGAUCUCACAGGUGAAUACUUUUCUCUCGAGACUUUUAUUCAGAGCCCAGGUUUGACACUGUAACACAGUGGUUCUCAACCUGUGAGUUGUGACCCCUUUGGGGGUCGCGCAACCCUUUUCCAGGGGUCACCUAAGGCCAUCUGAAAAAACAUAUCCUUACAGCUAUGAAGUAGAAAUGAAAAUAAUUGAAAAUAAAUUAACCCUGAAUGUACCUUGAAGCCUUUUGAAACUAAUAGCUUUUUUUAAAACUCUUUACCCUCUACAUUUUAAGAUUUUAAAAAUUACUGUACUAAGUUUCCAGGAACCAUCUGUUGGUCAGGAUGAAUGACCAUGUCAAAUUGAGGUUGCAACCCAUUGUUUGGUUUCCUUGUUAAUUGAUUGGCCCAUUUACAAACAUAGUCACACUGAGCUUUAUAUAGUUGAUUAUGGCUAAACAGUUCAAGAGUUAACUCCCAUACAAUAAAUGAUCACACAUUCUGUUGUAUUAGCAGAACAUUCUGACAGCAAUACACACACACAUAUAUAUAUAUAUACCGGUACAUAUAUAUAUUAUAUUUCAUCAUCCUGGAAAUGAUAAACACUUUUCAGAGAACCUCCAUCAAAAUAUUUUUGCAGUCUACUUAGUUUUUAUGACACCUAAAUAAUAUUCAGGCUCUCCACCAAUUUUUUCACAAAUCUUUGGGUUAUUCUUUCACUUUUGACAUCAAAUUCAAGCCGGCUUUUCCAGGUAUUUCACUGCUUGCUCUAAUUCUUGAAUUCUUGAAGUUGUACUCAAAAUUAAAAAAAAAAAAUUGUGUGGUAGGGGUUACAUUAUCUUGGUUUUCUCAGAAGCCGUCUAUCUCUCUUCUAAAACUUCCUAAAUGUUCACCAAAUGCGAAUAUUUAUUGUUUCUCACAGUGUUGUAUUGGGAACUUGUAAAUACAUUAUGAACUCUCUGCAAGCAUUAGAUAUUUGUUUCAUUGUCUGUUAUACAUUUUUUUUGGCUAUUAAAUGUUUGACUUAUUUAAUAUUAUUUUGAGGUCUCCUGAUACAGAGUAAAAAUACCAUUAUUUAUUUAUUAACUCCUUACCAUCAGUACCCCUUGAAACCUAAAAACAGGCAGAUGGAAAAAGAGGAGGAGAGGGAAGCUAGGAUAGCAUCUCUUAACUUUUCAUUUGCUGAGUGGACUCAACGUAGACCCCUGGUCACGGCCACAAACUGGAAAGAUUACAAGCAGAAGCUGGCUGAGAGGCUCAGGGAGAUAAAUGCCACGACUCCUGUGGAUCACUACUGGGAAGGAGAUGUCACUCCGCUUGUACGUCCUAGUGAUGCAGACUCGUAUGGUAAGGCUCAAUUAAGUUUAAAACAAAAAAAAAGACUAAUAAUACUAUUCAAUUAUACCACAAUGAUUCCUUUGAUGAUCCAUAUGUUAAAAAAAUAAUACAAAUAUAAGAUUGGAUUAAUAAGCAACUAAAAAUUUUUUCAACUUAUCAUAAUUUGGUGUAAAGUAAUAAUUUUUUUGUGUGGCUAAUAAACUCAUUAAGAUUCAAUCUUUUCCUUUAACUACAUAAGUGAUAUCCCAUUUUUUUAGAGUGUAUCCUCAAAAAGCUUAGCAUCAUUCAGACAGCAGAGGAUGAAAGCCUGGUGCCUGAGUAAGUCUGUCAACUAUUCUAUAUAUUACUAUUUAAAAAAAUGACACAAAUGUUCAGAAAAGGACUUUAACCAGAACACUUCAGUUUGCUAUGAUAGUCACCCUACUUGUUUAAUUUCAUAAAGCUUUUAAAGUAUUAUUCUUAAUUUAACAAAGAAUAUCCAGUCUUGUAACAGUGAAUUUUUUAGUAAGGCUAUUGUCAGGUUCAAAAUGCACUCAUUUAUUUUUUUUUAUGAAUGCCCCCCCCCCCCCCUAAAAAUUUAACUUAAAUUUGGUAAAAAAUGGUGACCAUUUUCACUUUCUUCAUCCCAAAAACACCGGGAUAAGAAUAUAAUUAUACCGGUAGUCAUAGUUUUAUAGUUUACUUUAAACUUGGGAGUCUGGUCCCUUACCUGCAGUAUUUAAGUGUGGUAGAGGGUCUUGGCCCUAACCUUGUGAUUUGAAGUUGGUGGUCUUGACCCUAAUAUAUGUCUUUGAGUUGUGGUUCUCUGACUCUGGAUCCGUGUGUAUUUAAUUUGGGGCUCUUGAACCUCAUUUGCUGUCAGGUAUAAUAUGGUAUAAUAUUUGUCUUUAUUUAAGUUAUUUAUUUGUGGUCUAUUCUUUCAAAAAUAUCUCUUUCUUUAGAGCUGACUGUGUUGUGAGUGUUAAAAUAUCCUAUGAUGUGCAUCUUCCUGACAGUAAAUUUAAAAAAAGCAUGCCUGGUGUUCCAAAUCAUAGAGUAUGUGUUACAAAGUAAGUAUAAACAAGAGUAAUUUUUCUUAGAACCGACUUCUUUAUUAAUUCAGAUAAUUAGUGGGUAUUUAUUUUCUGCACUAUGCUGCAUUGCUGUUAAAUUCACUCUGGCUAAACAUCACUUGUUUGUUGAUAUCAAACUUUUUAUCACUAGAUCUAAUGAUCUAAAAUUUCCCCACAUGUUUUUACAUAAUUCUGAAAGGUUACAAUCUAAAUAGAUUUUAGAUAAACACCUUUUAAGACUAAGCUGAGCCAAAGUCAGCUUCAUAGCACUUUGCAGACUAAGAGAUCUAUGCAUCUGAACUUUAUGCCCUAUACAUACAUUUAAAUAAAUAUACAGAUAUAUCCACACAAAAAAACAAUAAGAAGUUGUUUAAAGAUAUUUAUGGUUUGGCAUCAUUAUAAUAAUAUUAAUGAACUGAUGUGACGAAAAAAAUAAAUAAAAACCAGCGAUUGUUAAACAAUGAUUUGGCUAUGCUACAACCAGCAGUGCUAAGUGCUUUCAGAAUCCUGUAUUGAAAUAUCUGGAUGUAAGAAGUCACACUUAUUAAUUUUAAUAAUAUACUUUGGGGGUAGGGGGGUGGGUGGGAAGGGGUGGGGUAUUAAUUUUGUGUAGGUACAUGCACCAACUUUUAAUACAAUUUAAUUGGACACCAUUGUUAAUUUAAAAUGUAAUUUUCAAUUAAGCUGCACAAUUGGUUAUUAUUAGAUUAAAAAUAAAGCAAUGUUGAUUUAACAUUGUCAUGAUCUGAAUUUUAUUGAUUUUUACCCAAUUCAAAUAAAGAAAAUUUUUUGCUUUCAACAAUUUCAAAUAUUCUCUUCACCAGAUGUAAUUCCCAGCCACCAGGUUUAGCAGAGAUACAAGAGCUCUGGUCACGUUUCAAAGAUGAUGUGCCCAUACACUGGGCAGUUGUUGACUCUGGAGAGAUAGCAUUUUACAUCUUCGAUAACUCAUAUAAAAGUGAGAGUUGGACAUAAUUAUCCGAUAUGUAUAUUUCAUAUUUUUACCCACUUGUGUUCCGGAGAGGAUUGUUGAUGUACUAUAUAUAUGUCAUAGAGAUGUCAUAAAAAACAUAUUCACAAA